AUUUCACAGGAAUCUGAAGACGUAAUUCAUUUCCAUUGAGUAAAACAACGCCACGUUUUGUGUCGACUCGAGUGAAGAUCUGUUGAUUGUGUCGACAAUUGGUGUCCAUAUCAGUGAACUGAUCCAAUAUCUCAUAACCCGUGCGUUGAGCGCCGUAUGCCUGCCGUGAAAGACAUGGAUACGAAAGUGAAGCCCUCGUGGGCGGACCAGAUGGACGACCCGAUGGAUGACGGGUUCGAUACACUGCCGGCGACCACAGAAGUGAUCUCCGGUGACAGUAAAGUGAUCACUGAAUACAAGCUGAACGAAAACGGGAAGAAAGUAAAAGUGAUUCGUUAUUAUAAGAUCGAGAAGAGAAGAGUUCCGCAGAGUAUCGCCCGCCGGAAGAACUGGAAGAAGUUCGGGAUGUCUGGCGAAGACCCGCCCGGACCUAAUCCCGCGACGACUAUCAUAUCGGAAGACAUUUUCAUGCAAUUCGUCGGAAACCUCGGAAACGACGACCAGAACAACGGUAUGGAUGGAGAGGACGACGCGCUGAAGAAGUUGCAGAGCAGUGGCAAAGGGAUGGUUCAGUGCAGACACUGCGGAAUGGAUCAUUGGUCACUGAAGUGUCCCUAUAAGGACAAGUUGGGGUCACUGUCGCUCAACAAAGACACACCACCUCCAGAACCAUCAGGUGCUGGAACUCAGAUGGACGAGAAGGGAAAGCCUGCCAAAUACGUGCCGCCGAACAUGAGAGAGGGCGGCAACAAAAGGGGCGAAACGAUGACCAAUGCGCGCAACAAAGACGAGGCCAACACUAUUCGGGUGACGAAUCUUCCCGAAGAGAUUCAGGACCAGGACUUGAAGGACCUCUUCGGCCCCUUUGGAAGAGUGACGCGAAUAUUCUUAGCGAAAGACAAAUACACGGGUCAGUCGAAGGGAUUCGCGUUCGUUAGUUACGAGCACCGGGAGGAGGCCGCCAAAGCCAUCGGUUCCGUUCACGGCUACGGUUACGCCAAUCUUAUACUAAACGUCGAAUGGGCUAAGCCUUCAAACAAUUGAUUUUAUUGACUAUUUUACUCAUUGUUUACUCUUUUUAUUAAUUAAACUAAACUUCUAUUCAUUUAAACAUCAAAUGAUUUAGUUUUUAAUGAAUUUAAAAACAUUAGAUUUACAUUAAUUGACUAUAUUUUGAACCCAAGACUUCUCAUACACUCCUUAUGUGCUUCAAUGAGUUCUCUGCAGUUUUCUUCUCCCCUUUCGAUAAUACUGUCAAUCAAUCAAUGAAUUCAAUAAAAUUAUUAUUAUUUCAAAGUGAAAA